CUAGUUUCUAAGGAUCAUGUCUGCGAGCCAGGAUUCCCGGUAAGAAAGGCAUUUGCAAGAGAUUGUGGCUGCUUAUUUUGCCGCCCCCUUCCGACGGGCCCGCCGGGGGUAGCUGAGAGGCCCACCAGGGUUGCGGGAGAAACCGAGCCGGGUGGGGGGAGGGUCCGACCUGGAGGGGCGAGGGGGAAGAUCCACGGCCGACGCGGCCACCAGGUCGAGGCGGAGGGCAGGGACAGCCCGGCUAGGGUCAGGCGUGCGAGGUCUGUUACGAGGCCUCGACCCGAGGCGGUGCCAUGCGCGAAGCCCCGGCGCUGAGUGGCGAGACGGGGUCGCGACCUGGCGUGGGAAAGAAAGGUGGAGGCGGCCGCCACUAUGUGUGGCCCAGAGCCGGCAGGUCCGGUUGCCUCCCUGUGCCGGGGGAGGGACGGCGCGCGGGGUUCCGGAGCAUUCUGACGGUACCACUCGCGAGAGGCGGGGGUGCUUGGUCCUUAGAUCCAGUCACUUCGUCGCGGCUAAAGCACGGGUCGGGGAGAAGAAACCGGCCGUUCAGUGUGCUGGUUUUCUUGACGGCCAGGACUGAGCCUAACCCCGAGGAGCGGCCGCGUGAGGCACCAGGAGCCCACCCGGCGCCGGGCGGGCGGGUCCAUUUUGCCGCACAAGCCGGGCUAUUGGCAAACUGCGGAUGGGCAGGUCCACCUUCCUUCGGGGGUGAGCGGCCUGAGAUCCAGAGACAAUGGCCCCGAUGGGAUGGAGCCCGAAGGCGUCAUCGAGAGUAACUGGAAUGAGAUUGUUGACAGCUUUGAUGACAUGAACCUCUCGGAGUCCCUUCUCCGUGGUAUCUACGCCUAUGGUUUUGAGAAGCCCUCUGCCAUCCAGCAGCGAGCCAUUCUACCUUGUAUCAAGGGUUAUGAUGUGAUUGCUCAAGCCCAAUCUGGGACUGGGAAAACGGCCACAUUUGCCAUAUCGAUUCUGCAGCAGAUUGAAUUAGAUCUAAAAGCCACCCAGGCCUUGGUCCUAGCACCCACUCGAGAAUUGGCUCAGCAGAUACAGAAGGUGGUCAUGGCAUUAGGAGACUACAUGGGCGCCUCCUGUCACGCCUGUAUCGGGGGCACCAACGUGCGUGCUGAGGUGCAGAAACUGCAGAUGGAAGCUCCCCACAUCAUCGUGGGUACCCCUGGCCGUGUGUUUGAUAUGCUUAACCGGAGAUACCUGUCCCCCAAGUACAUCAAGAUGUUUGUACUGGAUGAAGCUGACGAAAUGUUAAGCCGUGGAUUCAAGGACCAGAUCUAUGACAUAUUCCAAAAGCUCAACAGCAACACCCAGGUAGUUUUGCUGUCAGCCACAAUGCCUUCUGAUGUGCUUGAGGUGACCAAGAAGUUCAUGAGGGACCCCAUUCGGAUUCUUGUCAAGAAGGAAGAGUUGACCCUGGAGGGUAUCCGCCAGUUCUACAUCAACGUGGAACGAGAGGAGUGGAAGCUGGACACACUAUGUGACUUGUAUGAAACCCUGACCAUCACCCAGGCAGUCAUCUUCAUCAACACCCGGAGGAAGGUGGACUGGCUCACCGAGAAGAUGCAUGCUCGAGAUUUCACUGUAUCCGCCAUGCAUGGAGAUAUGGACCAAAAGGAACGAGACGUGAUCAUGAGGGAGUUUCGUUCUGGCUCUAGCAGAGUUUUGAUUACCACUGACCUGCUGGCCAGAGGCAUUGAUGUGCAGCAGGUUUCUUUAGUCAUCAACUAUGACCUUCCCACCAACAGGGAAAACUAUAUCCACAGAAUCGGUCGAGGUGGACGGUUCGGCCGUAAAGGUGUGGCUAUUAACAUGGUGACAGAAGAAGACAAGAGGACUCUUCGAGACAUUGAGACCUUUUACAACACCUCCAUUGAGGAAAUGCCCCUCAAUGUUGCUGACCUCAUCUGAGGGGCUGUCCUGCCACCCAGCCCCAGCCAGGGCUCAAUCUCUGGGGGCUGAGGAGCAGCAGGAGGGGGGAGGGAAGGGAGCCAAGGGAUGGACAUCUUGUCAUUUUUUUCUUUGAAUAAAUGUCACUUUUUGAGGCAAAAGAAGGAACCGUGAACAUUUUAGACACCCUUUUCUUUGGGGUAGGCUCUUGCCCCAGGCGCCGGCUCUUCUCCCCCCCCAAAAAAAAAAAAAAAACACUAAUCCAUUUCCCUAACCUAGUAACCUCCAGAUCCCAGAGGCUCUCCUCACCUCAGCUGAGCUCCUUUGAAAGUGAUUCAAGGGACUAUGUCACUCAGCCUCAUUUGCUGGACCAAAUCUGGAGGGAGAACCCCUAAAACCCCUAAGUGAGGUUGCCCAGGGGGUUGUCCCCAGGUGGGGGGAAGCAGGGGAGAGAAAAUGGUAGCCAUUUUUACAUUGUUUUGUAUAGUAUUUAUUGAUUCAGGAAACAAACACAAAAUUCUGAAUAAAAUGACUUGGAAACUGCC